AUGGCUGUACGCAUGUGGAAGGGCUACCGAGAGGCACAGGUAGGCUGGAUAGAGGUGGCCGAGGAGCCUAAGCCCGGACCCACUACCAAACGGGUGUCGUUUUUGGUGAUAUACGCGCCCAAACGUGGCAUACUUGAGGUGUGGUGCACCCAAUUGGGUCCACGUGUCGGUGCCUUCAACGUGGGAAAGGCGUGUCGACUCAUUCACUCUCAGCACACGAUUAUGGGACUCAACGCUCUACUCAUCCGACAGUUUGACAGUUCCGUGGAUCUGGAGAAGAGUCAGUGCUUUCUGUUUGACUACAGCACAGGUGUUGUGUAUAGCAUUGAGGUGCCGUUCCUGUGCGCCCUGACCGACCCAAACAGCAAACGUACCCGUGAUCUGCACCUAUUCCGGGAACUGCAGAGUGUGUUAAGCAACAGAGAUCCCGGGGUCGCCGAUGCCGAAAAAGUCGUCGAAUUGGUGUCGAUGCUAAAGACGCCCGAAGUGCGGAGGGAUAGCCUCCAAGAGGUGUGUCGUGUGGCGCCGGACGUGGCUGUUGUCAAGGCGACGGCCGACAAACUCAGGGAACAGUUGAUGGCCGGCGUCGAGAGGAAUGAGUUGGACUUCGAGAGCAAACUGAUCGCCCAAAUGUGUGCACGUGUUCUGCAAUUGUGUCGACUCUACGAAACGGUCGACACUAAGAGGUGCACUCAAACGAACAGUUAUGUUGGCGAUAGCGCCCGACCGCCCGACAUACCGGAGCUCAUGGAGUGUCUCAAUUGGACGGGCAAUAGUAUCGCCCGAAUCGUAUCGUUCUUAGCGUUCAGGGAGGCGCUGAUCACCGGUGAUAANUCGCAAGAGGAAAAGGACCCCAAGUCGGAAGCGCCGACACCAAUACCCCUGCGAAUGGGUCUAUUCGACAAACGACUUGCCCUAACGGUGACCGUAUCGCCCAACAAGCGUUUGGCAGCCGUUGUGGACGACUUCGGCAGAGUUACGCUUAUUGAUGUGAACGAACGCAUGGCUGUACGCAUGUGGAAGGGCUACCGAGAGGCACAGGUAGGCUGGAUAGAGGUGGCCGAGGAGCCUAAGCCCGGACCCACUACCAAACGGGUGUCGUUUUUGGUGAUAUACGCGCCCAAACGUGGCAUACUUGAGGUGUGGUGCACCCAAUUGGGUCCACGUGUCGGUGCCUUCAACGUGGGAAAGGCGUGUCGACUCAUUCACUCUCAGCACACGAUUAUGGGACUCAACGCUCUACUCAUCCGACAGUUUGACAGUUCCGUGGAUCUGGAGAAGAGUCAGUGCUUUCUGUUUGACUACAGCACAGGUGUUGUGUAUAGCAUUGAGGUGCCGUUCCUGUGCGCCCUGACCGACCCAAACAGCAAACGUACCCGUGAUCUGCACCUAUUCCGGGAACUGCAGAGUGUGUUAAACAACAGAGAUCCCGGGGUCACCGAUGCAGACAAAGUCGUCGAAUUGGUGUCGAUGCUAAAGACGCCCGAAGUGCGGAGGGAUAGCCUCCAAGAGGUGUGUCGUGUGGCGCCGGACGUGGCUGUUGUCAAGGCGACGGCCGACAAACUCAGGGAACAGUUGAUGGCCGGCGUCGAGAGGAAUGAGUUGGACUUCGAGAGCAAACUGAUCGCCCAAAUGUGUGCACGUGUUCUGCAAUUGUGUCGACUCUACGAAACGGUCGACACUAAGAGGUGUACCCAAACGAACAGUUAUGUUGGCGAUAGCGCCCGACCGCCCGACAUACCGGAGCUCAUGGAGUGUCUCAAUUGGACGGGCAAUAGUAUCGCCCGAAUCGUAUCGUUCUUAGCGUUCAGGGAGGCGCUGAUCACCGGUGAUAACGCUGCCCACGAUGUCGAUGGCGCGCCCGGCAGUGCCCUUACAAUUGGCGACCUUUUGUCGCAUUUUGUUCUCUAUUCCAAUCACAUCGUCAAGAAUGGCGACCAAGAAGUCUAUAGCGAUGUUCCCAUUGAACUCAAUGUCGAUAUAAGUGUCGACAAAACACAGACAAAACAAUUAGUGAAUUUGAGUCGAUUUAUGUUCACAUCAUAUCUACAGUCAAAUGAUCCGGAUUUAGAACAAGUGCUCCGAUUGACGGCUAUUUUGCCCUCAAAUCUAUUGACUUUAUUCUUCGUGUCGUGGCUUUCGUCCAAACACUGCAGUCAUUGGAUGUGUUGGCAGUAUUUUAGCCAAUCGUUGGAUGUGUUGAUGAUUUUAGUGAAAGAGGGCACUAAUCAAGAGAUACCGGUGCCGAUGGCGACCGGUGAUGACGGCGCCGGCGAUGACGACAACGACCUACUCAUCAAUCAAUGGAAAGACAUUCUUGAGGUGAUAUGCGACUCAAACAAUAUAAUGGCGGCACUGAUCGCCGUUCAUGUGAUAAAAGCCGUCAACUCUAGAGAGAGGGCCGAAGCGAAGCCAUUGGAUAACUGGUCGGACGCCGAGUGGGAGACACUCCACAUCGACAACGAAAGCCUUAAUCUAUUGAUUAAACAGUUGGAGGACUUGUUUCUGUUGGAUAUGUUAUUGCACUCCAAUCGCAAUGAGGAACUGGUAGACCAGCGCGAGUCCGACGAACCCUACAUAUCGUUGUCUUAUAUGUUAAGCAGUGGUCCGGGAAUUGUCAGCGAAUUGGUGGCCAAAUGGUCCAUUAGUUCCAAUAUAAUGCCCGAUAUUAUCAACAAAAUCAUUAGCGAACUGACAGAUCGUCGACAAUCGGACGCCAAUCAGCGCCAGUCGGACGCGGAAGACGUCGGCGAGGAUGUGGACGACGUGUGUGUGGGUGAGGAGGCGCUCGACUACCAGCGCGUGGACAUCAAGACCACCUCCGAGCUCGUGGAUCACGUGCGCCGGUGUUUCCCCAACUCGCUGGAGGCGGACGUACUGCUGGCCAACUGUUGCUGGGAACUGAUGGUGCGCUGGAACAGAGACCCCACCGACGCCGACACCUCGCUGGACGAGUCGCUCGCAUACCUGGGCUUCCUGUCCAGCGCCGUACUCAAGCACAACGUGGCGUGUCUUCUGUGGAAGACGUUUGUGUCGAAAAGGUUCGAGUGUUUGGCGCAACUCAUGGAAAAGAUGGGCCGAACCCCGAAAGACCGCAUCUCUCGCAAGGAGUUGGGCGUUGAUGAGAGCCGAUUGGAGCCGUUCGUCAACUUCGGCCAAAAGCUGUUUGAUUUGAUACUCAACGCCAAUAUGUUGGCGGAGAUGGAACCGAUGCCACUGUUUAUGGUCGACGACUGGUGGCGCCCGGAGUCGCGCCAUCCGUUCACUCGCGAACAGCAGGCGAACCAAUCGGUGCCGCUCGUCGUGCUGGCCGUCCACCAGAAAAUAGCGAACGGCGCUCUAGUGCUCGAGCACUCGCGGUUGGCAACCAUUAUGCAGUUUAUCGUGACGUUUCAGCUCAAGAACUCCAAACCCCUGUCCCUGUUUCCCAGCGAAGUGCAACAGUAUUUGUUCAAAGAGUUGCAUACCUUUCCCGUGGUGUCGGCCAAUGCCAACAUUAGUCUUACCGAAAGGCGCACUAAAUUUGUGUUAAACGCUGUGUCGGCUAUUGUACAGACACUGCCCGUCCAUAACGAGACAGACUCUGAAUCACAAUAUAUUGUGAAUCAAUCGAAACACUACUCCGAAGCGAACAAAUGGUUCGGAAAAGCGGUGACCCUUUCGAGGGAAUGGGAGAUAAAUGUGGACGAAGUUCGGCGAAAAUUUGUAUACGAAUUAUAUUUCUAUGGAAUUGAUCCGUUGGCUGAAGAGGCAAUUACAUCAGUCAUGGAUGGCAUGCGUUUAGGGCAAGAGUUGCUAUCAGUGGCCGGACUGCGAGUGUUGAGCGCCAUCAACGAUAAGUACGGUUCUGUGGAUCAGUUGCACACAUUGCCCACAAAUGUCUUGUUUUGGUUGAAGUCAUUGAGUACGGAUUCCAAUAGCAGUUGUUAUACCGGUUCCCCAAUGCGGGCCACUAUAGCACUACUCCAACACAUCUCUAAUUAUGUAUUCAAUGAUAAACAAAACGCAAGAAUUUGUGACACUUUACUCGAAACCAUUCGGCUUUUGAACCAUAAAUGACAGUCACUCACGGAUUAUAGCUAAUAAUUUACUGUCCAUUCAAAUGUGUGUAUAAUUAGUUUAUUUUAAGGAAUUAUACAUUUUUAUUAAAUAUUACCAAGCGAAUAAUUUAUAUGAAAUAAUGUUUUAUUAAUUGAAUAAAUUUUAUACUCUAAAGUUUUAUCAACUAUUGUAUUGUUUCGGGUGUUUAUGUUAAGGCAAAUGAAUAAACAAUACUUUUUUUUAAAUAAGUCACAUCCGUAUGUAAUUUACGGGGAAAAUAAAGUUUAUUUUUAUUCAUACAAUCCACUAUACAAUAAUAAUAAAUCAAAUUGUUUUAUAGGCC